GAUUCCGAUCAUUUUUCUGAUGAUGAUGGAGGUUCAGAUGUCGAGGAAGCUAAGCAGGAGAAAGGCGAGUUGAAUGCUUUGAGCUGGUUCAAUACCAGCACAAGUGAACAGCUAGUCGAUAUUGUGGGCGUGACAGCGGAACAAGCCCAAACUAUCAUCAAUUUGCGUCCUUUCGAUGAUACGGAUGAUGUUGACCACAAAUUGAGAGGUGCAAAAGGAGUUCAGCCAAGAUUGUUCUACGAUUGCAUUGAUCUUAUGGCCGCUUUGAAACGUGUCGAUGGUGUUUUGGCAGAUUGUACUGGAAUGGCCAACAAAUUGAGCACAGCAUUUGCAAAAUGGGAUACAUCGAACGGGGGCAAGAAUAACACUGAUGUGAACUACCUACACAAACAGCCAAAAGGAGCAAAAGAAGGUGUGAUAUUGCGAGACUUUCAACUUUAUGGCGUCAAUUGGCUCAACCUUUUGCAUCGUAUGCAUUGUUCGGGCAUCUUGGCCGAUGAUAUGGGCCUGGGUAAAACUGCUCAAGUAAUCUCCUUCCUUAAUCAUAUCACCUUUUCCCGUAAAGUGCGACCGCAUCUGGUAGUAGUUCCGAGCUCGGUCAUCACAAAUUGGAUGCGAGAGUUUGAGACUUUCGGAACAAAUCUAAGCGUUUUCAAGUAUCACGGAUCUCAGUCUGAACGUAUACAACAGCAACACGAGCUUAGAGGUGCAAGGGAUGAUUAUGAUGUGAUCAUUACUACGUACGAAAUGGCAGCCGGUGGAGAGAGGGAUCAUAAAUUUUUGCGAAAGUAUGAUUUUGAAACGGCAAUCUUUGAUGAAGGACACGUUCUCAAAAAUCAAAAGUCUAUCAAGCACGAGAAGAUUAUGAGAAUCCGUAGCAAGUGGAGACUACUCUUGACUGGAACUCCUUUGCAAAACAAUUUGGCAGAGUUGAUUUCGUUAUUGAAAUUUAUCAUGCCUCACUUUUUCGAUGGAGCGGAUGAAGCCUUGCAGCAUAUUUUCAAAGUCAAUCGUCAAACACUGUUAUCUCGCGAACGAGUCAACCAUGCAAAACAAAUGAUGAGACCGUUCACGCUGAGAAGGACAAAGCUAGAAGUCUUGGACAAUUUGAAAAAGAAGACUGAAAAGGUGCGAUAUUGCGAAAUGACGGAAGCACAAGCUGCUUUGUACGAAGAAUCAUUUGCCAAGACUAAAGCGGCAAUCAUGGCAGCUCAAGAAGGAACGGAAGAUUCUGCACCACCAAAACGAAAAGGACAGAAAGGAUCAGGAACAAAGCCAGAUCAACAAGCCGCUCAUUUGAUGCAAUUACGUAAAGCAGCCAAUCAUCCUUUGCACUUCAAGAGAUUGUAUACGGAUUCCAAGAUUGAUGCUUUGGCACGUGAUUGUAUCCGUGUUGCUGAACAUGCUGAUGAAGACUUGACGGAGAUCAAAGAAGAUUUUGCAAUCAAUAGUGAUGCCGAAUUAUGCAUGUCUAUUGCAAUGCAAUACAAGGAAUGCUCAAAGCAUAUUCUACCUGAGCAAGAAUGGAUUAAUUCCGGAAAGAUUGCGGCACUGAAAGAGGUGAUCGAAGAAGCAAAAUCGCAAGGUGAAAGAUUGAUAAUCUUUAGUCAAUUCGUUCAAACGUUAGAGAUCGUUUGCAGAGCCUUGGAAGUGUUUGGUAUUUCUUAUCGUGGUUUCACUGGAAGUACAAAGGUUAAUGAUCGACAAGAAUUGGUUGACGAGUUUACACGGGAUAAUUCGAUCACAUGCUUUUUGCUCAGUACAAAGGCCGGUGGAGUUGGUAUCAAUUUAACAGCGGCCAAUUGGGUAGUCUUAUUUGACCAAGAUUUCAAUCCUCAAAACGAUCAACAAGCAGCCGAUAGAUGUUAUCGCAUCGGACAAGAAAAGGAAGUCAACAUUAUUCGUUUGAUCAGCAAGGGUACAAUUGAUGAGCAAAUUUAUGAAUUAGGUAAAACGAAAUUGAAGUUAGCAGAACGUGUUCAAGGAAACGACGAGGAGGGAGUUGAUGGAGAAGAAGUGGAGAAAAAGGUGGAACAAACACUUAUGGCUGGAAUUAUGGCCAGCAGAAGUGCUGCAGCAAAAGGAGUUGUGUAAGUUGUCUCAAUUUUGUAUCAUUAC